AUGACGACUUUGGGUGAAGCAGGGUUCCGCUGUUGUAAUGAAGAUCGCUGUAACGCUAACGUCAACCCAAAGAAACCUUCUUCUCUGAUCCCAAGACCAGUCACUGUGAAAGGAGAGCCUCCAAUCGUGGUCAUCAGCCCUGGAAUGAGAGCACUUAGGCUGAAAUGCGUGGGAGAAGGGAUUCCUCCACCUUCCGUUACCUUGAGUAAAUAUGGCGAAGACAUCACCGCUGAUAAGUCGUAUCGAUACUUGGGUCUUGCCGAGAUACUGAUCAUGGGGAUCACAGAGGCCAACGUGCUGAAGUAUGAUGGUGUCUAUGUCUGUAAUGCUACAAAUGGGCACACAUCAGCUGUAGCCUAUCAGAUAGUUGCGAUCAACGUUACAACGCCAGUCGAUGGACAUGUACCAUUUAACAACAUCAGCACCACACCAUUGAAGGCAUUCCAUGCAAUGUGUCCACCAGGCCUCACGGGACCAGAUGGAUCUCCCAUUACCCACGAGUUUAACCUCGAUGAGGUUGUAUGUACUUCAGCCAGAAAAGUGGGUAUUAUUGACACAAAUCCAGGCCCUGUAACGUGGCUUAUACGGCCUGACAGCAAAGCGCAGUUUCUCAAUGGAUCGCUCAAUGUGGACCUUGGACAAGCUAACACAUCUGCGGCAAUCACGACACCGUCCACAUCUGUGAACUCAAGUGCGCAAGUUACAUCAACGCUGCCCACCAUGCUGUCGCUGUCUCCUUCUAUGCAACCCUCCACCGUGUCAAAUAUUCAGAGUAUAGAAUCUUUGACAAUAGCUUUCAGCCGUACGAUAACGAUAAUGGCCACGUCCGCCUCAUAUGCUACACAUGUCCCCUUGGCUUCUAUACUUAUCCCACCAAACAACGUGAUCAUGUCACACUCAUCUGAGGCUGUAACGUCAUCCCCACAAAGCCUGUUUCUAUCGCCAUCACCGACAGCACCUGAAUCAUCAUCACAUACCAUGCUAAUGACAUCCUUUCCAUCUAGCUUUACAUCACCAUCUAUGGCAAGUGGGGGUACUUAUGCUUCCUCAAAGGACAUGUCAUCAUCUGAAGAAUUAUCAUACUCGUCAUCCCUAACUCUGGCUAUGGCCUCUCUUCAUUCCAGUAUAAUAUCAUCAGAGGCCAGCGCAGGUGUUUCUGCUUCCUCAAAGGGAGCGUUAUCUUGGAUGGUGUCGAGUUCCCAAUCACCUACUUUUGCAAUGACUUCUGUUCCUUCCUCAUCACAGGCAAGUGCAGGUACUCAUGCUUCCUCAAGGGGUGUGUCAUCAUCCGUGUUGGCAUCGAGUUCCGAAUCACCUAUUAUAGCCAUGACCUUUCUUCCUUCCGCCAUAAUAUCUUCAUCUGAGGCAAGUGCAGGUACUUAUGCUUCAUCAAGGGGUGUGUCAUCAUCUGGAAUUAAGCCGAAUACCCCAUCACCUACUUUUGCCUUGACCUCCGUUCCAAGCAGUAUGUCGUCGUCAUCACAGGCCAGUUCAGGUACUUUUGCUUCCUCAAGGGGUGUGUCAUUAUCUGGAAUGGAGUCAAAUACACCAUCACCUACAUUAGCAAUAACCUCUCUUCCCAUCGCCAUCACAUCCUCAUCACAGAAAAGUACAGGAACUUAUGCUUCCUCAAUGGGUGUGUCAUCAUCUGGAAUGGAGUCGAAUUCCCCGUCACCUACAUUAGCCAUGACCUCUCUUCCUUCGAGCAAACUAUCUUCAUCAGAAGCAAGUGCAGGUACUUAUGCUUCCUCAAGGGGUGUGUCAUCAUCUGUGUUGGCAUCGAGGUCCGAAUCACCUAUAGUAGCCAUGACUUCUCUUCUUUCCACUAUGAUAUCUUCAUCUGAGGCAAGUGCAGGUACUUAUGCUUCAUCAAGGGGUGUGUCAUCAUCUGUGUUGGCAUCGAGUUCCGAAUCACCUAUUGUAGCCAUGACUUCUCUUCCUUCCACUAUGAUAUCUUCAUCUGAGGCAAGUGCAGGUAUUGAUGCUUCAUCAAGGGGUGUGUCAUCAUCUGGAUUGGUGUCAAAUACACCAUCACCUACUUUAGCCAUGGCUUCUCUUCCUUCGACCAAACUAUCUUCAUCCGAAGCAAGUGCAGGUACUUCUGCUUCCUUAAGGGGUGUGUCAUCAUCUGGAAUGGAUUCGAAUACCCCAUCACCUACUUUAGCCAUGGCUUCUCUUCCUUCGACCAAACUAUCUUCAUCCGAAGCAAGUGCAGGUACUUCUGCUUCCUUAAGGGGUGUGUCAUCAUCUGGAAUGGAUUCGAAUACCCCAUCACCUACAUUAGCAAUAACCUCUCUUCCCAUCACCAUCACAUCCUCAUCACAGAAAAGUACAGGAACUUAUGCUUCCUCAAUGGGUGUGUCAUCAUCUGGAAUGUAG